AAGUGUUGUCGAGCUGGAUUAGAUUGGGAGUUACCAACAAUUGCCAAUUAAUAUUAAUAUAUCUCUCGUCCUCGUUUAGCCUCUUCUUCCGCAGACAUUCAUCACAUCACAUACAAUCAAUUCAUUCUUACCUACGAGCAACACUCUCAAUUCGCUCCUAAACUGAAGAGUGCUGGUCACUACAAAACAACCAACAACAAACUUACAUUCAUCCCAAAUAAAAAACAAAUACAACUCCUGAGAGGCCUCCUCCAACAUGGGUGCAAACAUCAACAUCCGGGUGCAGAACCUCGAGCAGCCCAUCGACGUUGCCGAGUAUCUCUUCCGACGACUUCACCAAAUCGGCGUCCGCUCCGUCCACGGCCUUCCAGGUGACUACAACCUCAUUGCUCUCGACUACCUGCCCUCAUGUGGUCUCAAGUGGGUUGGCAGUGUCAACGAGCUUAAUGCUGCUUAUGCCGCUGAUGGAUAUGCUCGUGUCAAGCAGAUGGGUGCCCUCAUCACCACCUUUGGUGUUGGAGAGCUCUCCGCUAUCAACGGCGUUGCUGGUGCCUUCUCCGAGCACAUCCCCGUCGUCCACAUUGUCGGUUGCCCCUCCACCAUCUCCCAGCGAAACGGCAUGCUCCUUCACCACACGCUCGGAAAUGGCGACUUCAAUGUCUUCGCCAACAUGAGCGCCCAAAUCUCCUGCGAAGUUGCAAAGCUCACCAACCCGGCCGAAAUCGCCACUCAGAUCGACCACGCUCUCCGAGUUUGCUACAUCCGGUCUCGACCUAUCUACAUCAUGCUCCCUACCGAUAUGGUUCAGGCCAAGGUUGAAGGUGCCAGGCUCGACACCCCAAUUGAUCUGUCAGAGCCCGACAAUGAGCCCGAGAGUGAAGAUUACGUCGUCGACGUUGUCCUCAAGUACCUCCGAGCUGCAAAGAACCCCGUCAUUCUUGUUGAUGCUUGUGCCAUCCGCCAUCGUGUCCUUGAGGAGGUCCACAAUCUCAUCGAAAAGACCAACCUUCCCGUCUUUGUCACUCCCAUGGGCAAGGGUGCAGUCAACGAAGAGCACCCGACUUAUGGUGGUGUCUAUGCCGGUGCCGGUUCUUCACCCCCUCAAGCCCAGGAGAUUGUCGAGUCCUCAGAUCUUAUCCUGACAAUUGGUGCGCUCAAGAGUGAUUUCAACACUGCUGGCUUCUCCUACCGCACCUCUCAACUGAACACGAUCGAUCUCCACAGUGACCACUGUGUUGUCAAGUAUUCGACAUAUCCAGGUGUUUCGAUGAGAGGAGUGCUGCAAAAGGUUAUUAAGCAGAUCAGCGCCUCCGAGCUCAAUGUUCAGCCAUCGCCAGUUGUCCAGAACGAAAUUCCCAAGGCUGUAGAUGACUCACCCGUCAUCUCUCAAGCCUACCUCUGGCCACGUGUUGGUCAAUUCCUUCAGAAGAACGACAUUGUCAUCACAGAGACUGGCACUGCCAACUUUGGUAUCUGGGAUACCAAGUUCCCAGCUGGCGUUACCGCGCUCAGCCAGGUCCUCUGGGGAAGUAUUGGUUGGUCCGUUGGUGCCUGCCAAGGAGCUGCCCUUGCAGCAGCCGAUGACAACAGCGGCCGCAGAACUAUCCUCUUUGUGGGCGACGGCUCGUUCCAACUCACAGCCCAAGAACUGAGCACAAUGAUUCGCCUCAAACUGAAGCCCAUCAUUUUUGUCAUCUGCAACGAUGGCUUUACCAUUGAGCGCUUCAUCCACGGUAUGGAGGCCGAAUACAACGACAUCUCUAACUGGGAUUUCAAGGCCCUGGUUGACGUCUUUGGCGGAUCCAAGACUGCCAAGAAGUUUGCCGUCAAGACCAAGGAGGAAUUGGAGAAGCUUCUCACAGAUCCCACAUUCAACGCGGCAGAAUGCCUUCAGUUUGUCGAGCUGUACAUGCCCAAGGAAGACGCCCCGCGAGCAUUGAUCAUGACUGCGGAAGCUAGCGCCAAGAACAACGCCAAAUUGGAGUAACCUGAACCGACAUGAGAUUUUAUCGGUACCUUAUUAGAAUAAUAGACCUGACAAAGCGAAUCAAGGCAGGCACUGAUCGUUAAUGAAGCAGGAUUGGAUGGAGGGUUUUCAAAAUGAUAAAAAACGAUACAUGGUUUAACAGGAUGCUUUAUAAAUAUGAAUUUCAAGUUGAUAUCCCUUUUUAAUC